GUUGUUGCUGUGGAGCAGAGGAUGAGGAGGCACCCUUUGCCCAGAGCACUUCUGUAGGCGUGUCACAGACCAGGAUGCCCAAGGCAGCUCAGUCUUGCCGGAAGACCCACCCCUGUGAGAUGUGUGGUCCAGUCUUGAGAGGCAUUUUCCACUUGGCUGCGCACCAGGGAAAAGAAAACAGCCAGAAACUGUUGAGGUGUGGGGCCUGUGGGAAACGAUUUUAUUUCAUUACUGACUUCAGAAAACAUGAGAAACAGCACAUGGGAGAGAAACCCUUGAGAAGCCGUGUGGACAGGGCCUCUGUUGUGAAGAGCUGGGGAUUCCAUGGUUCAGGAAAGCCCCUUACCUGUGGAGAAGUUCAAAAGGACUUCCUGUCUGGCUCGGGGCAUCUGCAGCAAGAGGCCACUCAUACUGGGGAGAAUCCAAAGGAAAUCACCCAGUGCAGGGCAACUUUACAAAGCAGAAAAAGUCAUGACACCUGGGGAGAAUGCAAAAACGCCUUUGGUCCCAAACACACACAUAUUCAGGACCAGGGUGUCCACCUUGGAAGACAGUCCUUUGUGUGCAGUGAAUGCGGGAAAGCAUUCAGGUACAAAUCCUUAUUUGCCAUACACCAGAGAUACCAUAUUGGAAAAAGACAUUAUGAGUUUGGCAAAUAUGGAAAAUCACUUAGGCAAAGGUCAGCCCUGAAUGAACAUGGUAAAACUCACAGUGGAUCCAGGCAAUACAUGUGCAGCAAAUGUGGGAAAUCCGUAGGCUGCAACUCUGUCCUCAUUCAUCCCCAGGGAUGGCACAAUGGAGCGAAGAGUUAUGUUUGCAGUGGAUGUGCAAAACCUUUUAUCCAUAGAUCAGUGUUGAUUACUCAUAGGGUUCGCCCUGGAGAAAGGUUUUAUAAAUGUUGUGGCUGUGCAAAAUCUUUUCCCUCUAUGUCUGCCCUUUGUUAUCAUCAGAGAUCUCACACAGACUUAAGACCGUAUGAGUGCAGUGAUUGUGGGAAAUCUUUUACCACUACUUCUAUCCUCCGUGCUCACCAGAGAGUUCACACUGCAGAAAGGCCCUAUGAGUGCAGUGAAUGUGGCAAGUCCUUUGUCCGAAGGUAUAGUCUCAAAGUACACAUAAAGGUUCACUCAGGUGAAAGGCCUUAUAAGUGUAAUGAAUGUGAGAAAUCUUUUAAGUGGAAGUCCACAUUGAUUAAACACCAGAGAAUUCACACUGGAGAAAGGCCUUAUGAGUGCAGUGAAUGCGGGAAAUCUUUUAUCUGUAGGACUCACCUCCAUUAUCAUCACAGAAUUCACACUGGAGAAAGGCCUUAUGAGUGCAGUGAAUGUGGCAAGUCCUUUAUCCGAAGAAAUAUCCUCAAAUCAACACUGAUUAAACACCAGAGAAUUCACACAGGAGAAAGGCCUUACGAGUGCAGUGAAUGUGGGAAAUCUUUUGCCACUAGUUCUGUGCUUCAUUCUCACCAGAGAGUUCACACUGGAGAAAGGCCUUAUGAAUGCAGUGAAUGUGGGAAAUCUUUUACCACGAGGUCUGUCCUCCGUGAUCACCAGAGACUUCAUACUGGAGAAAGGCCUUAUGAGUGCAGUGAAUGUGGGAAAUCUUUUACCGCUAAUUCGGCCCUCCAUUAUCACCAGAGAGUUCACACUGGAGAGAGACCUUAUGAGUGCAGUGAGUGUGGCAAGUCCUUUGUCCGAAGAAAUAGCCUGAGUGUGCACCUAAAGGUUCACUCAGGUGAAAAGCCUUAUAAGUGUAAUGAAUGUGGGAAAUCAUUGAAAUGUAAGUCAACAUUCGUUGAACACCAGAGAAUUCACACAGGAGACCGGCCUCAUGAGUGCCGUGAUUGUGGGAAAUCUUUUGCUACUAGAUCUGCCCUUCGUUCUCACCAGAGAGUUCACACUGGAGAACGGCCUUAUGAAUGCAGUGACUGUGGGAAGUCUUUUACCACUACUUCUCACCUUCGUUCUCACAAGAGAGUUCACAAUAGUGAAAGGCCUUAUGAAUGCAGUGAAUGUGGCAAGUCCUUUUGCCGAAGGAAUAGUCUCAAUGUACACAUCAAGGUUCACUCGGGUGAAAGGCCUUAUGAGUGCAGUGAAUGUGGCAAGUCCUUCUUCCAAAGAAAUACCCUGAAUGUACACAUAAAGGUUCACUCAGGUGAAAAGCCUUAUAAGUGUAAUGAAUGUGGGAAAUUGUUGAAGUACAAGUCGACAUUCAUUCAACACCAGAGAAUUCACACCGGAGAAAGGCCUUAUGAGUGCAGUGAAUGUGGGAAAUCUUUUUUCAGUUAUGGUGCUCUCAGUUACCAUCACAGAGUUCACACUGGAAAAAGACAUUAG